AUGGCCCAGGGCGAAGUGAUUCAAGCUCAGGUGAUUGGUGCACCGACCAUGCUUCAAGCCCCUGGACAAGUGGACGGCAUGAUGAUCUACCAGAAAACCUCCCAGUGCUGUCGUUGCUUGUGCUGCCAGCCAAACAUUGACUGGACGGUGCAUGACUACGUGGAGAACUGGAGUGCUGAGAUGGAGCUGCCGGUGAAGCUGACCAUCACGGAGGACGCAAGCUGGCUGGGCCGCUGUAUGUCACACUGCUGGCCCGCAUGGCGAGACAUCAAGUACUCCGUCCACAACGGGGAUGAGGGUGGUCCCGUGCUGUUCACGAUUGAGAAAGGGAUCACUUGCUCCAACUGCCCACUCAUCAUCGACGGCGAUGGUGGUCCACUUCGGUGCCCCUGUUGCUUUUGCCUCCCUUACCUCGAAGCGAAGGACCUCAAUGGCCAGCAAUUGGGGCAAGUCAAGUACGUCUGCGACAUGUGCCCCUUCGUCCCAAAGUAUGAUGUUCUUGACAAGAAGGGCAACCGCAUGUUCCGAAUCCGUCCAGACACUUGCGUGGGUGGGCUCUGUGUCCAAUGCCGAUGCGGCGGUGGUAGCAAGGGCAAGUGUUUCCGGAUCCCGUUCCCCAUCCGCGAGCCUAACCCACCCUACAUGCCCGUUGGAGAUGCAGCUAUCACCGACUUGUGGGCCGGCAUGAAGCAUGAGUGCUGCACCAACCGUGAGAUGUACCAGGUGAAGUUCCCUCCAAACAUGCAAGAUGCUGAGACGGUGCGCAAGCUAAUCAUGGCAGCCACCUUGCUCAUUGACAUCACCCUGAACGAGCAGGAUCAGUGA